UCAAGAAACAAAGACCUUAUAUAGUGUUCUUCAUCUCUCUCUCUCUCUAUUUCUCUCUCUCUCCACGAUGAGAAGUGGAUGCAGUGGGCGUUAGAGAGUAAGGCAAGAUGCUCUGCUCUGCUCGGACCGAGGUAACUGAGGCGGUUUAAAUUAAAGCAGGACUCGGGAGAUGGAGGAAGUGUUCCUUUUUUAUCCUUUAUCUAAAGUUUUAAAGAUUGAUUCAUGUUGGAUCAUCCAGUCAAGUCCCAGAUCUCCCAGCUGUGCUGAAAGGAAACCUGCUGUGGAAGAGAAGUGCACUUCAGUUUGUGUGGAUUUGUCAGUUUCAUAAGUAGAGGUUGUUCCCCUGCCUCUGGCUUGUAGCAGCUGUGAGCAUCAGUGGAGUACCAGCUGUGUCUGUGAUGGAGCGCUUUCCUGUCCACUGAGUGUGCUGCUGUCAGCACUGCAGACAUGUCUGCUUGCAACACCUUCACUGAACACGUGUGGAAGCCUGGCGAGUGCAAGAACUGCUUCAAGCCUAAGAGUCUGCACCGCCUACCUGAGGGGGGUCCGCACAAGUGUCCCCCUGAACAGGUCCUCACCCAACACAGUCAUACCUCCACAGGAGGCACAAAUAACGUUAACCACCCAAGUCACUCACCCACAGGGGACAGGGCUAUCAUCAUCGCUAAUCUUGCUAGCAAUCCUCAGAGAAGCAGCAGUUCUUCCCGUUCAGGCCAGUUCCGGCCACCUGUAGCAAAAAAACCCACAAUUGCAGUAAAGCCCACCAUGAUGCUCCCAUGCUCUGGAGGGGGGCUCGAUCUAGAAGGAAAUCCUCAGAAUCUGCCAGAGGGGGUUGAGCCUGGAAGGGCUUCAGCUUUCACCAUUUGGAAUCACAAUGGCUUAAAUCGCAAGAGGCCCUCAGAACCUAACAACAAUGAGAGAAAUGAUGAAAGGGGAGAGAUGGAGGGAUUUGCCUCUGUCUGUCCACCAAGCAGUAACAACAAUGGCCUAACUGAUGUGCUGAAGGAAAUUGCAGGUUUGGGCUCAGAUCUCAGCUCCAGCAGGGACGACUUCUUGGGCCGCAUCAGCUGUUCAUAUAGGCGCUCGUUGGAGAGAGGCUUGCCUGCAGCUGGCUGCCUGGCCUUGGGUCGUAGCAACAGUGCCAAUAAACAUGUCUCUUUGAGUGACAGUGCAGAGAUUAUCAGUUCAGAGGGGGGACGCUUUUGCUACCCGGAAUUUUCCAGCGAUGGAGAGGAUGAGGAAUAUGAAGAGGAAAGUGAGAGUGAUGAUGGUGAGCAUGAGAGCUGGGAUGAGAGUGAUGAAGAGCUUUUGGCUAUGGAGAUCAGGAUGAGGGGUCAGCCACGCUUUGCGAAUUUCCGUGCUGCAACUCUGUCUCCAGUUCCAUUUGCAGCUGGUAAGAAGUGGAACACUGUACCACUGCGGAACCGCUCACUGCAGCGGAUCUGUGCUGUUGACUAUGACAGUUAUGAUGAAAUUCUAAAUGGCUAUCCUUCCAUGGACUCCAGUGGAGCACCCAGUCUGCUUCCCUAUGGCUCUGAUCCUCAAGGCAGUGGCUUUCUAUCUAACUCUGAGUCCAUCACCUCACCAGAGUCCUCAUCUUCUCUGCCUGAGGACUCAUGCACCUCCAGCAGUAGCAGUAGUGUCCCCCGCAACCAGCCUAAUGGUUUGCACCCUAUUCCAGUUAGCAGAGACUCUGCAGGACAACAAGACAGAGCACUGAGCUCACCUAAAGCCACUGAGACACACAAAGCUGUUCUGGCCAUCCGAUUACAGGAUCAAGAUGUUAAUCAGAGAGAGGGCGGACCUCUUCCGCAGGCACUCCCUGGCCAGCCAAUCACAAUCAGCUUUAGUCCAACAGAGGAGCAGCCUAAACCAUACAGAGUAGUGAGUUUGGAGAAGACUCCCAUCUGUAAGCCUUACACUGUUGUGGAUGUGUCAGCUUCUAUGGCUAGCACUGAGGAACGAACUACUGAGAGCACUGCUAAGCUCAAAGGCCCAACCUCAGCAUUGGGUCCCCCACCCUACCCAGGAGCUUCAAAAAACAUCCCCCUGUCUGCUUCUCCCCUCUCCCCAAAAUCACCUAUAUCCCCCAAGACUCCACUUUCUCCUAAGUCUGCAGCAAUAUCUCCAACCACUCCAGUAUCUCCAUUCACUGCAGUUUCUCCAUCAGUACCAGUCUCUCUAAGUACUGCCUUAGCCAAUGUUGCUACAUCCAGCCCUUCCUGUAAGAACAGUCGUUAUCAAGAGGUGUGGACAUCCAGCACUAGCCCUCGGCAAAAGCUCCCUAAAGUGGAGUUGCUUACUGGGACGCCAACUGGGUCAUCAGUCACUCCCAGACAUGCCAACCAUAAAUCAGCUCCCACCUCCCCUGUUGCUGGUAUUUCCUCCUCACGUACCAUACCUGUGAAGUCACCUAAUUUGUCAGAGAUCAAAUUUAACAGCUACAAUAAUGCUGGUAUGCCUCCUUUCCCAAUCAUCAUCAGAGAUGAACCCACUUAUGCACGCAGUUCAAAGAAUGCAGUGAAAGUGCCUAUUGUGAUUAACCCAAGUGCAUAUGAUAAUCUAGCUGUGUAUAAGAGCUUUCUGGGGGUAAGUGGGGAGCUGCCACAGCCCAAGCCGGGAACAGGCGGUCGAGUACCCAGCCACACAUACGAGGAAAUUGGCAACUCUGAAGCUGCUCAGUCCUCACCCACAGAACACAAGCCAACCAGAAAAUUUGUCUCAGCUGAUACUAAGGAGGAAAGAGAUUUUACAAGAACUGUACCUCACAAUGACAAAGCCAAAAAUACCCCUGAGUGCAGUACAGCAGCCAACAUUUCAGUUACUGUUUCCAGCCCUAGGACAAACAGUGUCCCCACUCCAAGUACUGCCUCUAGCAGCCUGACAAAAAGCAGUUCAGUUAAACUUGCCAGUAGCUUUAACCCCAGUGAUGAUUCGCCUGCAGCAGGCAGCAAUGAGUGCCAGACCUCCACUAGCACUGGGACAGGGCACAGGGAGAAGGCCAGCAUGGUGCUGUCUCAGAUAGUAGCCUCUAUCCAGCCACCCCAGUCUCCUCCAGAUUCACCCUCCGCUCAUAAUAAGACAUGUAGUGCUGAGGAGCUCUACUCUCUUCCCCCCGAUGCCACUAAGGGUACUCUCAGCAGACCCAAAUCACUUCACUGCCCAACAGACAGUAGUCUGUCCAAAUCUCACAAAGACAUGCCAUCCAAGCUCUUGCCUAAGUCCCAGAGUGCUUCAGCAGCUGAGGGUUCCACAAGUCCAAAAUCUGAACCCAGUGCCCCUUUCCCUCCACCUAGAUCCACAUCUUCUCCAUAUCAUGCCAGUAACCUGCUUCAGAGGCACUUCAGCAACUGGACCAGACCCAUGGGCUCCAGGCCUAGUGAUGGGGAGGUCAGCCCCGGGGCAGAAGGUAGACGCUCAGCUGACAGUAACAGGCCCAAACGUUGGAUCUCCUUCAAGAGCUUCUUCCGCCGGCGGAAAGAUGAGGAUGAACAGAAAGAGAAAGUGGAGCGAGAGAAAGAGAAAGGAAAGCUGGUGGGUUUGGAUGGGACUGUUAUCACCAUGUUACCUCCUCCUCCUCUUCAGAGGCAGCACUGGUUUUCAGAGUCAAAAACGGAUGAUCCCAGCCAGAAACCCACCAUUAUAUUCACCUACAAGCCAGACAGUGGGUCAGGAGGCGAUGGGGAGGCAGAGCUCAGGGUGGAGGAGUGUAAUGCAGGUGCUGGUGGUGUGUUGUCAUUCAACCAGUCAGGCCCGCCUAAGAGUAGAGCCAGCAUCUUGAUCAGCAAAGUGAUGAGUCAGAUGCCAGUCCAGGGCUCAGCGACGGACAUGCCUACCAUCACCUCUUUGCCGGCCAAGGUGGAUCUGCCGACCGUGAGCGAGCCAGCCAACCUCUCAACCACCAUCAGUCUAGGAGAGCCAGAGGAGGACGAGGGUACCCAAACACACUCGCACUCACACUCUCCUGCUUCAAGCUCCUGCAGUGCCACCUACACCAACCUAGGUCAGUCCAGGGCCAGUUUGAUCCCCACAAAGCACCCCAGACACCUCAAGACCUCUGAUGACGGCAUCCAUUCUGAAUCUGAAGGUUUCAAUCUGGGUGCCAAAGUCACUCCCCCACCGCUGCCUAAGAAAUCUGUGCCACGAGCCAACACGGAGCCAUCACUGACCAUAGAACCGAUGACCCGCCGGCCCCGGGGCGAGGCUAAGCCUGGUGGUGCCAGCUUGAGCGUGGCAAAUCCACUCUAUGACCUGGACUCCACCUGGGACACGGCCAGUCAGAGCUCCUCACUCAGUUCUGAUGCCCGCCAACUAGACGAGUCAGGAGACUCUCUGGAGAGGCCUGUGGCAGGGGGGCGAAGCAUGUCCCGCUCAACCAACAGCAGCACAGCCCCGGAUCGAGAGAGGCGGGGCUACCGCAGCACAGAGAGCCUUGCAGCCAGUAAGACCCAUAGGCUUGCCCUUUACAGAGGUCUAGAGAGCUGGGAGGAGGUGGCAAGCCGCAUUCGCAGUCUACACGCCGACACGUUGCGCAAACUGGCUGGCCGGUGUGAGGACCGCUUCAUGGCUGGUCAGAAAGACCAUUUGCGCUUUGGCACAGACAGCUGGUCCCACUUCAGACUGACCACUGGCAAGCCAUGCUGUGAGGCAGAAGACGCUGUGUACUACACAGCUUCUUACGCUAAGGACCCACUCAUCAACUAUGCUGUUAAGAUCUGCAGGUACAAGGUUAAGGAAACACAGCAGCAGUUCUUUCACAGCCUGGCUGUCCGACAAAGCCUUCCCGUGCACUUCAACAUCCAGCAGGACUGUGGCCACUUCCUGGCAGAUGUUCCUGCCCGCCUUCUGCCCUGGGAGGAUGAGUAUGAGAGUGAUGACGAAAGGGAUGAAAAGAAACAGAAAGAGCGAAAUCUGGAGCAGAAAGGUGGAGGGAGCAAAGAGUUGCUGUCUGAAGGGAAGAGGCAGGCUGAGAGAGGACACGGGAACAUAGCAGUGCCGGGGGACAUGGCGUGCCAUGGCGGGAAGUUGCGUAGCCGAGUGGUGGUGAUCACACGUGAGGUCCCAUUCCAGACGGUGGCUGAUUUUGUGCAGGAGGGUUCAGCAAGGCAUUCACGUAACCCAGAGCUGUAUGAGCGGCAGGUGUGCCUGCUGCUGCUUCAGCUGUGUACUGGUUUAGAGCACAUGAAGCCCUACCAUGUGUCACACUGUGACCUGCACCUGAAGAACCUGUUGCUCGUGCACUGCCAGCCAGGUGAUCCCUGGAACCUGGAGCUUCCAGAGCCUAAUAACAACACCACGUCUGCUUCCUCUGCCUGCCCAGCUCGCCUCAUCAUAAGUAACUUCUCUCAGGCCAAGCAGCAGAGCCUCGUGCGGUACACUGAGUGUGAUGAGUUUCAGCUGGGCCUUCUAAUCUAUGAAAUGCUGCACCAACCCAAUCCUUUUGUGGAAGUAGCUGGCCUGAAGGAGAGGGAGCAACUGCCACUGCUUCCUACACGUUCCCUAUACUCACAGGGUCUGCAGCGGCUUGCGAGUCUACUGCUCCACACUGACGAGUCUGAGCGUAUUGGCGUGGCCGAGGCUCGCGCUUGCCUGCAGUGUCUGCUGUGGGGGCCACGUGAUGACCUCUUGCGCACUGCACCUCUUCCCAUUCAGCGACACGCAGCGCUGCAGAACUGGCUGGACUUGAAGCGUACACUCAUGAUGAUCAAGUUUGCCGAGCGCUCGCUGGACGCCAGCCACAGCGGUGGUGGUGUCAGCCUAGAGGACUGGCUCUGCUGCAAGUACCUGGCCUUCGCCACCACAGACUCUAUUGACAGGGUUGUACGUGUUUUGCAGCAGAUCUGAAUCUGGAUGCUUGACCCCCAGAUUGGUUUAAACUGCCAGUCAGCUUUCAUAUCACAGGCCAAGUGCCUGGUGGAGUCUGCUGGCACAUGCACAUUUGCGCUGUUUGGUUUGUUUUUGUUAUUUUUAAUUUGAGGAACGUGCAAGACAUGUUUGUGCUUUAUUACUUUGUGUUAUUUGCGUAAUGAGUGGUGAAGAAUUUUAGAUUAAUGCUUUUGCUUUUGAAAAAGCUUUUUGUUUUUUUUUUGUUUUUUAACCAGCCAUGCCAUUGGAUCACAUGAUUCAUGUUAUUAGAAAUUGUGUUAUUAGAAAAGCCAUGUGUUUCCCCUGAUAAUGGUUUUGUUUUGUUUUUGUUUGUUUGUUUGUUUUUUUAAUCAGUGUGACAUCGUUUGCAGAAUGACUCACAGUUUGGCCUUCAAGAUAAAAUGCUUCCUUUGUUUAUGCUAGCUGUUUGAGAGAGCACUGAUCUGGUAUCAGCUUGGCUCCUCCGCUUUGACUUGGAACAACACCUUAGCUUUAAGGUUUUCAGGAUUUCACAGAGGGUCUGAGAGAUUUCAUACAAAUGUUUUGUUAUAGCAGUAUGUUAGUGUUGGAUGUAGUGUAGGGAGAGUAAAGGAUGUACAUUUCUAGCUUUUAAAGCUGUGUGUAAAGCAUAAGGAGUUCAUUAAACCACAGCUGCCACAGAUGGGAGAUACCACUGAGGGCCACAGUAUUUCUGCCAGUCGCUCUCAAUCUCUCUCCUUCACCUCAAUUCUAACCCUCUGUCAGCUCUUUAGUCAUGUUCUCCUCUAGGAGAACCUCGUCUCUCACUCAUAAGUCUAGAGAAGAUAGAGAUUUAACUUAUUAGUGAAAGAAACUACUUAAAUUUAAGAUCUAUUUCUGUAUUAAAGUCUCAAGUGUGAGAAAGUCGAUGCGAAUGAUUCCAAAGCAGAUGGAGCGAGAUAUUUUUGUAACACCAGGAUUUACCAAAGUUUAAGAGACUUUAAUUUUAAUUAAAGUUUUAAAGUUAAACUCUAAUUUUGACAUGAAACUAAUGAAAUCUUCAAAGCAAAAUGUAUUUUUAAUUAUUUUAAUGCAGUAAAGUUCUACGUUACUAAAAGUGUCCUUAUGCAAACACACACGGAAUAAGCAGCCGGGUCUUCGGAUCCGGAGCCGAAAGACGCGGGGGUGUUUAGUUGAAUGUGCACUGUGGUGAUGGGGCGUCCCCAAGCGCUCCGAUCAAAGUUCCAUUUCCUCAGAACCCAGACAAUGAAUUGGGGGCGGAUCAGCCCCAGAGAAUAAUGGGUUGGAAUGGCAUGCCUUUUUCUAAGGUAGAUCAUUUUUGUACCUUUAUGGAUUUAUGUGCAAUCAUUGUAAAUGAUAUCUGUUACGUAUGGAAGCAGUAUUUAAAUAGUGUACAUGCUUGAUAUUAUGCAGCAGUCAGUUAUACAGUUACUUCCUUUUGGCACAUAAUUAUUGACAACGCCUGCCUCAAGGCACAGCUCAGUUUCUUUUCUUUUCUUUUUUUUCUUUUUUUUUGAAACAUAAUUUCCACAAUGUUCACAAGCUUGGAUGAGAAGCUGUGUGUGUGUUACGUUUUUGUUAUAUUAAUAUGCCUUUUUGUAAAAAUGUGUGUUUGUGUGUGCACUUAAUUUGGAAAGGAAAGGGGCUGAGAAGGUGAGAAUGUGAAACAGCGGCAUGUCCCAGUUCUUCCUCCACAGGGACCAGUCAGCUACCCGGCUCACUCAGAUCAGUAGAGGAAAUCCAAGAGCCAUGUUGUGCUAAAAUUGUGAAUUUGCUGGAAACCAUUUUUUCCCCCUGUAGCCAGGAUAAGAGCAGUGAUGCGAGCUGAACAGCUCUAGAGCAGUGUUUCUUGACCAGCGGCCCUCAGAGCCUGUGUGGUCCGUGCCGUAAUUUCAGGAAGUCUGUGGGAUUGUUCCAAAAAAAAAAAUAUGUAUAAUUGCUUGUUUUUGUUAAACAGUUGGUUAAAUACUUAAUUCAGUACUCUAAAUUCAUUUUUCUGGCCCAUUACAUUUCAGAUAAACAGCAGGAUUAAGCUUAAGAAAGCUUAGCUUGCUCAUUCAGCGAAGUUUAUAUUGUGUCCAACGCUAAUGGCUUAGACGAACAAAUGAUCAUUCAGAGCCAUGUGUAGCAUAAGCAAUAAAAAAACACUUCAAUUUCAAGUUUAAUGUAGAUGCAUGUUCAUGUUUUUGGGACGGUGGUAGCUCCAAGUGGUUAAGGCUCUGGGUCGUUGACCGGAAGAUCGGGGUUCAAGCCCCAGCACCACCAAGCUGCCACUAUUGGGGCCCUUGAGCAAGACCCUUUGUAUCAUAGCUGACCCUGCACUCUGACCCCAACCCCCAAGGAUGGGCUAUGCGAAGAAAGAAUUUCACUGUGCAGUAAUGUAUACAUGACCAAAAAAUUUUUAAAGCAGGCAGGAUAUCUAAUCUAACCCUGACCUGAAGAUUUUUUCAUUUGACAUCUGGGUUUUAUGGAAAGGUGUAGUCUAGCCUAAGUAUAAAUAUUAUUCAACAUUAUAAUCAUAUGUUAAUAUAUGCAUAUUAUGUCAGGUGUCUGUGAGUUUCAGUCAGAAUAUGCCAUCGCUGAUAAAAUGUUGAGAAGCACUGCACUAGAGACAGCAUGCACUUGUGCAUCGAGUGCAAUAAGGUAUCUGAUCUGUUCGAAUCUGAGUGGCUAAGAAAACACAGUCUGUCUGAGCUAUCGUUCAGCUGCGCUGCUGUCUGUCUGAAAAACAUUCAGUCAUUUCGCUCCUUUCCACCAGCGAGCAUCCUGAUACCGCUGAUAUCAUUCUAGCGAGGAGAUGCGUCGCUUCAGCGAGUGUACGUGGGUGUGUGCGUGUGUUUCCUUGCGAGACUCCAGUUGCUGCUGAGGUUGGUUGUUUGACUUACUGGGGAAUGUUGGUGGACUGCACCGGUGGCCGUCCUUCCAUCAUAGGGUUUUGUGUUUUUAUAUUAUAGUUUUAUAUAAUAGUUUUAGAAUGGUACACACACAACACUCUGUGUUCCAGGCUCACUAUUCUCUCUUGGCUUCAUCAUUAGUGUUUUUUUGGGGGGUUUUAAAACGAUAACGCAACCUACCCAGUCCAUUCGCUCAUGUCCGUAGCAGUGAUGGAGCCAUCACCACUGUGUUCUGUUCAUCAAUGUUCAUCAAAACAAUCAAUUUCUUUUUUAGUUGUAUUUCCACCAGUGUAUUUUAUGGUCGCUUUUUAUGUACUUUAAUGGCCAAUGAAUAUAUAAAAGCACACUACUGGCUUAUAUAAAUAUAUGUAUGUAUCUCAUGGCAUUUGGUGGCAUAUAGCCAUUCCUUGUUGUCUGAGUUAAUAUUACCAGUAGUAAUAAAAAUAUGAAUAUAUGUUUUUA